AUGUUUGCUGCCGGUGCAGGAGCAGAGAACAAAGCACCUUCACCAGCCAGCUUUUUCGAUCUUCAAGCAAAGGACAAGCGCCACAAGGAAGUGAAUAUGUCAGACUAUACUGGCAAAGUUAUCCUCGUCGUCAAUGUUGCCUCUAAGUGCGGCUUCACUUCACAAUACAAGGAGCUGGAAGAACUUUACCAGAAGUACAAGGACCGAGGUCUUGUUAUCAUUGGGUUUCCGUGCAACCAGUUUGGAAAGCAGGAACCCGGUACAAUGGAAGAGAUCGAGUCGUUCUGUCAAGUAAACUACGGAGUGAGCUUCCCACUGAUGGAUAAGAUCGACGUCAAUGGCAGUCAAGAAGAUCCUGUUUAUACCUUUCUGAAGUCCCAGAAGGCUGGGCUUCUGGGCUUGACGCGAAUCAAGUGGAACUUUGAAAAGUUCCUGGUCUCCAAAGACGGAGUUGUCUAUGGGCGAUACUCCUCUGCGACAAACCCCAGCAGUCUGGCCGAGGAUAUCGAGAGGCUGCUGGACCAUGCUUAG